AUGGCGAGAACCCUCGGGGACGGCUCCUCCUGGCGGCGGAUGGGUGGCGGCGUCGUAGAGAGAGAAAAUCCAAGUGAGACCCCGAAGAAGAAGAAAGCUCCCGGGGGCGGCGUAGCCCCGAUCUCCGUCUCGAGGUUCCGGGCGGCGUUCAUGGCGGCCAUCACCGGGCGGUGGGCCGGAGCGGGGGGCGGCGCUGCCGCCUCGCUAGGCUCUCGCGUAACGGGGACCCUCUUCGGGCGGCGGCGCGGCCACGUCUUCCUCGCCUUCCAGGGGGACCCCCGGUGGGCCCCUUCCCUUCUCCUCGAGCUGGCCACACCCACCAGCGCCCUCGUUAGAGAGAUGGCCUCCGGCCUGGUUCGCAUCGCUCUGGAGUGCGAGAAGAAGCCCCCCGCGGCGGCGGCGCCGCCCCUCGCCGCCGGGAAGAAGCCGCCGCCGGCGAGGCGGCUGCUGGAGGAGCCGAUCUGGCGGACCUUCUGCAACGGCAGGAAGUGCGGCUUCGCCGUCCGCCGCGAGUGCGGCGCCGCAGAGUGGCGGGUCCUCAGGGCCGUGGAGCCCGUCUCCAUGGGCGCCGGCGUACUCCCCCCUCUCGCCGCCGGUGACGGCGACAGGGACGGCGACGGGGAGGUGAUGUAUAUGAGGGCGAGGUUCGAGAGGGUGGUGGGGUCGAGGGACUCGGAGGCCUUCUACAUGAUGAACCCCGACGGCACUGGCGGCGGCCCCGAGCUCAGCAUCUACCUCCUCAGAGCUUGA